AACUAUCUCAAUACCUCCAGGAAGAGGGGUACAGUCGUCUCGGCAUGAUCGGGUGCACGCAACCCCGCAGAGUCGCCGCCAUGUCCGUCGCUAAACGAGUCUCUGACGAGAUGAACACCAAGCUGGGAGACGAAGUCGGUUACGCAAUCCGCUUCGAGGACUGUACUUCACCAAACACCGUCAUCAAAUACAUGACUGACGGUAUAUUACUGCGAGAAGGUCUGCGCGAACCAGACUUGGACAACUAUUGUGCCAUCAUUAUGGACGAGGCUCACGAGAGAUCGCUGUCUACGGAUAUGCUGUUCGGCCUGUUGAGAGAGGUGGUAGCCCGGCGCAGCGACCUCAAGCUGAUCGUGACCUCCGCCACCAUGGACUCCUCAAAGUUUUCCUCGUUCUUCGGCAAUGUACCGACCUUCACCAUCCCCGGGCGGACCUUCCCCGUUGAGACCUUCUUCGCGAAGAACGUUUGCGAGGACUAUGUCGAUGGCGCUGUUAAACAGGCCCUGCAAAUCCACCUUCAACCGGAUGAAGGUGAUAUCCUAAUAUUCAUGCCCGGUCAAGAGGACAUCGAAGUGACUUGCGAGGUCCUGACAGAGCGCUUAGCUGACUUGGACAGCGCCCCUCCUCUGACAGUGUUGCCAAUCUACUCACAAUUACCAGCAGACCUGCAGGCCAAGAUCUUCCAGCGCGCGCCUCAAGGGCUAAGGAAAUGUAUCGUCGCAACCAACAUUGCCGAAACCUCACUGACCGUGGACGGAAUAAUGUACGUGAUCGACUGCGGCUACUGUAAACUGAAAGUGUACAACCCUAGGAUUGGUAUGGACGCACUACAGAUAUACCCAGUGAGUCAAGCCAACGCCCGGCAGCGCGCCGGCCGCGCCGGCCGCACGGGGCCCGGCAAGGCCUUCUGCCUCUACACGCAGCGCCAGUACACGCACGAGCUGCUCGCCUCCACUGUGCCUGAGAUACAGCGGACUAACUUGGCUAAUACAGUUCUCCUACUCAAGUCUUUAGGAGUUGAGGAUCUAUUGGCGUUCCACUUCAUGGACCCGCCGCCACAGGACACGAUCCUGAACUCGAUGUACCAGCUGUGGAUCCUGGGCGCGCUGGACGGCACGGGCGCGCUGACGGCGCUGGGGCGGCAGAUGGCGGAGUUCCCUCUGGAUCCGCCGCAGUGCAAGAUGCUCAUCGUCUCCGCCGAGAUGGGGUGCAGCGCGGAGGUGCUCAUCGUAGUGUCAAUGUUAUCUGUGCCGUCCGUGUUCUACCGGCCACAAGGGCGCGAGGAGGAAGCUGACGCAGUCAAGGAGAAGUUCCAAGUCCCCGAGUCCGACCAUCUCACCCUGCUGCAUUUAUACAACCAGUGGAAAGCUAACAAUUACUCAAGCUCCUGGUGCACGGAACACUUCGUGCACGGCAAGGCGAUGCGAAAAGUGCGCGAAGUUAGACAACAGCUCAAAGACAUCAUGCAAGCGCAAAGGCUCCCUCUGGAGUCGUGCGGCACAGAUUGGGACACUGUGCGGAAAUGUAUCUGUUCUGCGUACUUCCAACAAGCGGCCCGUUUGAAGGGUAUAGGCGAGUACGUGAACAGCCGCACCGGCAUGCCGUGUCACCUUCACCCCACCUCCGCGCUCUUCGGCCUCGGCGACUCGCCAGACUACGUCGUGUACCACGAGCUCAUGAUGACCAGCAAGGAGUACAUGCACUGCGUGACGGCGGUGGACGGGCGCUGGCUGGCCGAGCUGGGACCGAUGUUCUUCUCCGUCAAGGAGACCGGCAAGUCAAACCGCGACAAACGCAAAGAAGCCGCAGUGCACCUCCAACGCAUGGAGGAAGAGAUGAAAGCAGCCGAACUCAAGAUGGCCGAAGACAGGAAGUUGAAAGACCAAGACGUGCCCAUCAAGCAAGAAAUCGCCACACCUGGGCUAAGUACGCCUAGGCGCACGCCUGCGAGGUUCGGUAUCUAGGAUAAUAUGAGGAAAAGUUUCUGCUAAAAAUGUCAGAAAAACUAUUUUUUACCGACAAACUACACCCCUAAAAUCUCGGACUCAACAAAAGCUGCCAGAAGACAGGAAGCUGAAAGACCGAGACGUUCCCAUCAAGCAAGAGAUCGUGGAUUAAGCACACCGAGGCGCACGCGAGGUGCUAAAAAAUGAUACAAUGUUAUUACUACUGUACACCACUAAAGUCUUGGACUCGACAAAAAUUGGAAGUUUCAGGAAGGAUGGAAGUUGAAAAACCAAGACGUUCCCAUCAAGCAGGAGAUCACCACACCGAGGCGCACGCCAGCGAGAUUUGGUAUCUAGGGUAAUAUGAGGAAAAGUUUCUGCUAAAAAAUGUUACAAAAACUGUCAUUAACGACUACGUUACACCCCGAAAGUCGUGGACUCGACAAAAAAUGGCAGAAGACAGGAAGUUGAAGGACCAAGACGUUCCCAUCAAGCAAGAAAUCGCCAGACCUGGGCUAAGUACGCCUAUGCGCACGCCGGCGAGAUUCGGAAUCUAGGAUAAAUAUAAGGAAAAGUUAUAGGUAAAAAUGAUAUUUUAUAAACUUGCUUUUAUUCCCGACUGUAAGUACAUUAAAAGCUUAAGUCUUGGACUCGACAAAAAAUGGCAGAAGAUAGGAAACUGGAAGCCCAUACGCAUAACUUUGUUUUUAAUUUACAUAAAUACAGGUAAAAAAAACAACUGGAAUGCGAGUUGUCCAUAUAUUUAGAAUAAUUCUUAAGUAAUUGUUGACAACACUUUCACCUACUUUUUGUAUUAUUUUAUUUACUUUUGUAAUUAUGAACUCUUUUUAAAACAAUGUUGGCUCGGAUAAUUUGACUUUAUUUAUUUCGAAAACUCAGGACGUCAAUGUAGAAACUUACUCUAUGUUACAUUAAGGUACAAUGUAUUUUAAUUAUCACUUAUUAUUUAAGUGGUCGAAAUAAAACAUGAUUUACUGAACAAAACUAUUUUAUUUAUUU